UGAUUGAAACUAACUUCUAAAGACGAUGCUUCCCAUCAUGCAUUGCAGUCCUGGCGGAUUCUGAUGGUCAACCGAAGUUUCUUUCAGCGUCGACUCGACGUCACAGGGGAAACUCGCCUUCAAGGACGUGACGUCAAAGGAUCGCGCUGAAGAACCAGCGCAAAAUUGCAGUUGAAAAAGUCUACAACAAACAAGAUACAAAAAUAUAUAUUACAAAGGUCAUGGCUGCAGCGACAGACUUCUUCAAUGAAAGAAGACACGGCCGACUAUUAAUAGUGCAGCUGCUCACGCAUGCUCAUGUUUGAUUGGAGAUUGCAGCGCUGAAGUCAGAGCUGCUGGGCAUCUGUGAACGAAGGGAAAGAAGCAUGUGUAUGCUGCAGUCUAGCCUCCAGUGUUUUAUUGGAAAGUGAGAACUGAUACUUCUGUAGUCGGAGAACCGCUGAAGUUUUCUCUGGGGAAACGUGAUGGAUUCCCGAAGAACAAGUCGUACCUCUUUUGGAAACGGACGAUCAAGCAGUGGGGAAAGCUCCAAUGGUGGGAGUCGGCCUGUCAGCUGCAGUUACCUGACCAACGUCCGGCCAGAGAACAGGAGCACACUGUGCAGUGUGAUCGCCCAGCUGACGGAGGAAACACAACCAUUGUUUGAGAAGACUCUCAGGUCACGAGCUGUGUGUGCAAACUGCAACGUCAAGUUUUCCUGCACCGUCACAGGACAUCCCGUCCCUCAAGUUACUUGGUACAAGGAUGACAUGCAGCUGGACAGAUACUGUGGGCUGCCUAAAUAUGAAAUAUUUCGUAACGGACAGAAUCAUUCCCUCCAUAUUUACAAUUGCACUUUGGAUGAUGCCGCCAUAUACCAAGCGUCAGCCAGUAACACCAAAGGUAUCGUGUCGUGCUCAGGGGUUCUGGAGGUCGGAGAGAUGAACGAGUUCAAGAUACACCAGCGCUACUUUGCCAAGCUGAAGCAGAAGGCUGAGAGCAAAUGUAGAGAAGCGGAGGGCAAAGAAAACCAGGAGCCGUUUCGCACCAUCAGUCCAGACCGAACACAGAGGAAGCGUCGCUCUAAUAUGGAGGCUUUUAUGAGCACUCCGAGCUCCACAGAAGACGAGGGGAUGGAGGACACCUGUACGAGAGCGGCUGAGGAGCCACAGGCGAGGCUGCAGGAGCCCGCUGUGGAGCAGAUGGAUGAAAAGCCAGCAACCUCCUCAGUCAGUGGGAGUAAUAACAGACGGGGAGUCACUGAAAAUGGAGUGACCAACGGUGCAGUGGAGGCCCCGCAGGCUUCUGCAGUGCACCAACCCAAAGCACCUUUUGUGAAGAAGAAGAUUAAGAUUUCAAACUUUAUGAAAGGCGCAAAAGCAGAUGUUGUAGAAGAGAAGGUCAACGAGGAUAAAAGAGGAGGUACAUCCAUCUCAACACCCAGCCGAGAGUCAGGAGAGGAGCGGAUGGAAGUGGAGAGUAGCAGGACAGCUUUCAAUCCAGACUCCAGGAGGAGGCCAGUGCGUAAGAAAUGGGAAGAUAGUGACCAGAAGUCAAAGGUUGAAAAUGUCUCCUCGAAACCUGUGAAGAAAGAACCUAUCUCCACGUCGAUGACUCCAUCGCCUCCUCCCAGGCUUUCCAAGGUCAAACAAAUCUCAAAGAUGCACAAGGACAGUAAAGUUGACGAGGCGCAAGUGAAGUUACCAAAACAGAUUCACAGCAACCCCCAGAUUAAUUUAAAACCUCCAAGCAUGGUUUCUAAAGUUGUCAAAAUGGCGGAUGCUCCCAUCAUGGACAUUGACCAGAAGCCUGCUCAGAUGAAAACCAAAGCCAAUAUGAAGACACUUUGUGCACCAUUUAAAAGACAAACAGUUGUUGCCAGCGAGCCGACCCCGGAUCAGCUGGUGGAAAAGGAAACCGGGUCCGUCCAAAAGAAGUUGCGCGAGUCUCAGCCUUCGCUGCCGAAUGAGGUUACCCCGGUCGGCACAGAGAUGAAGCAGGACGUCCCGCCUGAGGUCAAGCUAUUUGACGACCAGUGUUCGCAGGAUGUACAAGUGCUACAAAAGAGUCCAGCAGAUAGAGGAAGCAUUGCGGAUGACAUCCAGACCUCCUCUGUGAAGGACGAUCCCGCGGCAGCCGUCGUCCAAGUGACACGGGACACACAAACUCGUUCCAAGGGAUCAAGUGGAGGCCAGACGCUCCUUUUUACAGACUCCCAGAAGUCACCAGUCAAAAGCCUGAGUGGUGAUGACAACACCGAGGGGUGUAAUGUUGCAAGCCUUGACCCCCAGAGCCAAGUUGAUACAGCAAUCAAAUCUGUUGAAGAGACAGAAAUGCAAGUGGAGGAAAAGGCAGCGGUUAAUGAGCAAGGAGGGUUGUCGGUGUCAGGUGACCAUAUGUCAGUGGACGAGACUGAAACAAGGACCCCGAAUGAAAUAGAGAUUCAACCAGAAAGUGAGAAGAAUGAGGUAACGGUGGUUGACACAAAUGUAACCGAGAAGACGGCAGCAGUGAACGGGCCAAGCGAAGUGCAACAGGAGCAGCCAAAGACAUUACAAACCCCCAAAACAUCUGUUGAUAAAGUCCAAGAAGUUCAGAAUCCAGUCACGAGCGUCAUAUCUAUCGCAGAACUUUUGAGAGCUCAAAUAAAGGCUCUUGGUCUGUCGCUGGAAAAUGGAUUUGCGUCUGAUUCCGGGAAUUCUUCUGCUGCCGACAGAAGCACUCAGGACAGAGGAAAGAGUGAAAACAUGAGCAGUGAGGGAACGAGCAAGUCCGUCACUGAGAAGCAGCCAGACGCUGACAAGCCUCCAAAGAAUCUGACUGAAACACUCAUGGAGAUUUAUCGACUUCUUAAUCAGAGUGCAAAUGAGAUGCAGGGCUCAGUUACAGAAACAAGCACUCAAAAACCUCCGACAACCCCUCCCAUCUGUGUUGUGGACACAAGUGCUGCUGAGAGUGACGUCAAAGGUUCAACUGAAGGUUUCAUGGACGUCGGUCAAGAGUCCAGCCAAUCAGCUAAUGUUUCUGUUGCUGAUACUCCUGAGCUCACCACAAACCAUGUCACUAAUGUGCUACCUGAAGAGGAAGUUCAGGUCACAAGUUCAUCACAUCAAGCUGAAGCUGUCCAAGAGGAUUCCGGCGGAUCAAAAGCAGACGCUGAGGAGUCAAUUCCAGUGCAGAACACUGAAGACGUUGUAGCUGUUGUAGCUCCAGAACGCCGUAAUGAAGUUGAACUGGAAAAUGAGGAGAAGAGUUCCAAAAAAAUUCCAGAAGAGCUUAAAGAACCGGACAGUAGUGUGGGAAGGUUAUCCAGUAAAAACGUGGACUUCAAGGGAGAUGAUCCUCAGCUGACCCCGCAGGAGAUCUUGGCUGUUGAACCUCUUCAUCCGAACCCUGAAACAAGUCCACUGCUGUUGAAAAGACAUUGCCCAUCACCAAUUCCCUCUGCCACUCCAGAGGAACUGGCUUCCGGUGCCCGCCGCAAAAUUUUCACCCCAAAAUCCAAAAGUGAAGAGCCCAGCGAUGGUGCUUCUCCACCCCAGGAAGAGAGUGCCACUCUCUCCGCCAGCCCCACCACUUUGGCCACUUCCCCGACCGCUUCGCGGCGCUCACGUCUGCUUCAGCCCAGCGACGAGAGGCCCUCGACAACGGAGAAGCGGUCUCCACAGGUGAGCAGAAGGAAGGUAACACCAGAGACCCAGAUCCAGAAGGAGGAGACGAAAACCCAGAAAUUAGAAGAGAAACCGGUGGAGAAUAACAGGCCAGACCCACGGAAAGCUCCUCAGGUCAUCCGUAAGAUCCGAGGGGAGAAUUUUGCAGACUCUUCAGGACACUUGAAACUGUGGUGUCAGUUCUUCAACAUUCUCAGCGACUCCUUGAUCACAUGGUAUAGAAAUCAGGUGGAGAUCGCUCAGAUUAAACGAAGUGCCACCGAUGAAAGCCCAGUCAACCUUGCUAUUGUCCACGCGUCAGGCAAGGACUCCGGCGUUUACAAAUGCACAAUCACAAACGAGUUUGGGACCGACUCCUCAGACUUUCUCCUCAAUGCUGAACUGAUGGCUGGAGGCUCGCUGCGUGACGAAGCUGGAGUUGGAGAGGAGAUUGAAAUGACGCCGCUGCUGUUCAGCAAGGGUGUGGCGGACUUGGGCAGCUGGGGGAACAAGUUCUUCGGUCGGAUUCUGGUGCAGAGGUCCCGUGUUGGCGACGGCCCUUCGCAUAAAGCGUGGAGGGCGAAGGUGAUCUAUGGGCUGGAACCAGUCUUUGAGUCCGGAAACACCUGCAUUAUCAAGACACGCAGCCCCAUCACCUACGGAGGUAAAGAGGAAAGCUGCCUUCUGGAGAGAAACCUGGAGUUUGUGAAACAGGAGUGUAAAAUCCAGAACCUGGCCCGUGAAUAUUGUAAAAUCUUCGCGGCUGAGACCAGAGUGACUGAAAACUUUGGGCCGUCUUUUGAAGUCAUCCCCCUGUAUCUGAUGUACCGACCCGCCAACACCAUCCCCUACGCCACGGUGGAGGCCGAUCUGGCCGGUGUGUUCAAGACAUACACUUCUUUGGACGCCACUGGGCAGCUGGAGAUGAGAGGCAGCUCUGAGCUGGAGCUCAAGUGCUGUACCCUGCAACACUGGAUCUAUCAGUGGACUCACGGGAACCUGCUGCUCACUCAGAUGGAAGGAGUCGACACAAAGAUCACCAACAUUGGAAUUACAGCCAAAUCAUCCGGACAUCAAGGUCUUCCUGUCGAGGGGAACCCGAAGCUUUUCGAGCAGUUCGUGUCUCAGCACCAGUGCAACUACUUCUGUGGGCUGCUGGGCCUGAGGUCUCUGAAGGUUCUGGAUUCUUUGAUGACACCACAGAAGCCCAGAGGCUCCAAGAGCCCCUUGCUGCAGCGGAAACUGGGAGCCGGUUCCUCCAGCCCACAGACUGGUAGGAAGGUGGCUGGCAGCCCCAAACCUCCCAGGAAAGCUGAAGAACAGAUGAAAGCCAAACAGAGUGCAUCAUAGACAAAGAGCCAGUCUGAUUUCAACUCUUCUGUAGAGCAUUUUUACCUGAGUGACAUCACUUCCUUUUGUCCGGGAAACCAGAGGAUCACAAUGUGGAUUCUUGCACUCGAACAUGUCAACCACAGGUCAGUACUGAGAGGGACAAAUAGAUUUUGCCUUUGUUGUACUUUGAUCUUAAAAAGCAGAACUGAAAAGAUGGUCUCAAAAAAGGUGCCCAUGAAAAAGUGCCUUAUACAGCAAGAGGCUUCACCUGAACACCCAUCAUUUAUUACGGAUUAUUCAUGGUGGAAGGAUUAAACCAUGAGGCAGAUUGGCAAAGGUCCUCCAGGUGACCAGAUGGUCGGAUGUGUUGACCAAUGGUAUCGGCAUCGAUCUGCAACUGUGGUGAGGAAUCCAGUCAACGAAAAGCGCACAGCUAGUGAGUGUUGCUGGCGCUCACCAUCACACACCUUAUGAAUGAGUGAGUGUGGUUUCCUGCUAAUUUACUGGGUCACAGAAUACACAGUCGAACACCAGAAUUCUCAGUACAGCAUCUCAUGACAGUUGUUGUACAGUGGACACAGCUUUGUAUGAAUAUUUAAUAAGGUCUUGUGUUUACUGUUAUGCUGCAACAUUGGGAAGCAACUGCACAUUUGGG